AUGUACAGGAGUAACAGUCCCUAUGGCUUGGACUCUAGCAGUUACGCAGGAUCUGUCCAGUCCAUCCAGUCCAAGUAGGUGUUCUCUUGUGUGCUUGGAAUGUAGCUAUAACCCUUUUUUUUUUUUGUCUCUGAAAUCUAAUCUAUAUUAUGCUUUUCUCUCCAUUUUCUUGUGGCAGUGGCUAUUCAGUGGAUGAUCGGUCAUCACAGAUAUCAAAUCUGUCCAGACCAAGUGCCAAGUCAAUAUACAGUAAGUAAAGAGAAAACAAUCAUGUUGACUAUUGACCUUGAGCAGUUUAAACUGAUUACCUAAAGCAUUGUUUAUUGUAGAUUCAUGUUUUGUGAAACGCAACUAUGCAUAACGUGUUAAUUAUUCCAUGUAUCCCAUCAGUGCAGAGGAAGGAGUAUGCGGACUCUAUCACCAAGAUGAUGGACAAAUUCCAGUACAGAGUAGAGGUAUUGUUUUGGUUAAUCCAAUAUUAUGAUUGUACUAUGCUAAUCAAUUAGCCAUGAUAAUGGUCUGCAUUUGAUCACAAUAGCUAUGCAGCUAUUUCUGUGAUUCCAAAUGCAUGUAUAACCCCUGUAUGUGUCUGUUCUCCAGCAUCUGUUUACCUGUGACCUGGAUGGUAGGGAGGUGCGUGAUGUGAAUGACUGUGUUGAGAGGCUAAAGCUGCUGGAUGGGAUGGGCCGGGUGUGGGGGCAGGACAUGGUCCUGGAGGUGCGGGAUGGGAACCUGCUGCUAACAGACAUCGAGACUAAGGUUGGUGCACACACUUUAUACUUGACAAUAAAACACUGGGUGAGCAUAGCUAUACCCACAGUUUACUAACAGACAUUGAGUGUUCUAGAUUAGAGAAAGAACAUACAGUAGGUGUCAUAAGUAUUUACCACCCUUGGAUUUCUUCACAUUUUAUUGUGGUACGAAGUGUCAUUUUUUUACACAAAACACUCUGUAAUGUCAAAGUGGAAGAAAUAUUACAGUAUAUACAUAAAAAAAAGGUAAAUUAAGUAUUCACCCCCAAGUCAAUACAUGUUAAAACACCUUCGGCAGCGAUAACAGCUGUGAGUUUUCUUGGGUAAGUCUCUAAGGGCUUUGCACACCUGGAUUGUGCAAUAUUUGCCCAUUACUCUUUUCAAAAUUCUUCAAGCUCUGUCUACAUGUUGGGGAUCAUGGCUAGAAAGCAAUUUUCAAGUCUUGCCAUAGAGUUUCAAGCAGAUUUAAGUCAAAACUGUAACUUGGCCACUCAGGAACAUUCACUGUCUUCAUGGUAAGCAACGGGUGUAGAUUUGGCCUUGUGUUGUAGGUUAUUGUCCUGCUGAAAGGUGAAUUUGUCUCCCAGUGUCUGGGAAAAAGCAGACUGAACCAGGUUUUCCUCUUGCAUUUUGCCUGUGCUUAUGUUACCAUUUCUAUGAGCUUAUAAUAUAAUCUCCAAUGCGAAAGGUACUGUUUACUUGAAUUUGAAUGAUGUCAGCACGAUUUUUUGUUAAUGUUUUCUUCCUCUCCCCCAGUCCACUUAUACGUUUCUUCUUUAUUUUCCAUGGGCUUCACCCAAGUACCUUCUAGUGGCUGGAAUACAACCGUAUUAAGCCCCUUACAACACCCCACUGCAAAAAUGUAAUGUUGUCCCAAACAUUUCACUGGCCUCAAAACAAACACAGAGGAUGUAAGUACUGGUCAUGAGAACACCUGCGAAAACUGGACUAAUACCCAUAUAACUAUAUAGACAUGCCCAGUCUACCUAUAUGGGCAAAAACGCAACCCCCACUCACCAUUAUAACACUGUGAUUAGUAAAGGUAAAAAUAAAUAAAAACUGAGCAUCUCUAGUUUGUAUUCUGAUUAGAGCUUGGCAGCCCUAAAGUGUUAUAGGUUAGAAUGUCUCUGGGCCUCCUCUGCCGGGCUGAAUGGCGGGGCAAGGUCAUGGGUGACCCCAAUGAAUCAGUGUCCACUUCAUCAUGGGAUGAUUGAGUCUCUGAGUCCUCAGCUGUUUCCAUAUUUACCCCUGUCCUCUCUGGGGUCUCCCUGAGGACAGGCUGGCACUCCUUCACAGCAAAGUGUCUAUCAGUCUGACCCUGUUCCUCACUAUUAUCUGAUACUACCUGUGUGCUACUCUGUCUGCUCUCUUCAUCCCUACGUGGCCUGUUGAUGAAUACUGGAUAAGAAUUCUCAUCUGAGCUCUCAGACUCAGCGCUCUCAGCAUUUUGCUCCUUUUGCUGGGGUGGUUCCCUUCUCCACAGACCUCUACUCAGUGCUUGAACUGGUUCCUCAAAUGGUAGGGAAUUCCAUGACAUGAGCAUAUUGAGAUGCAGAAUCCGGGCCUGCCUGUACCCCUCUCGGGUUUGACCUCACAGACAGGGCUGUCAUCCCCUUUCCUGGUUACCACCACGUGUAUUUGGUCCUCCCAGUGUGAUCUUAGCUUUCCCAGUCCCCCACGUUCUGACAUGUUCCUCACCAGUACACGAUCCCCUGAGACCAAAACCGAACUCAUUUUCUUCAGAUCGUAAUAGGCUUUUCCCUUUGCUGUUGAUUUCUCCAUGUUUCUUAUGGCAAUGUCAUAGGCUUCCGCUAUCUGUUGCUGCCACUUCUUAGCAUAAUCCUUGUAUGGUUUCUCCUGUUCGUUUAUCUGUAACUCAAAGACAAGGUCAACAGGUAGCAGUGGAGCCCUUCCGAAUAGCAGGAAAUACGGUGAGAACCCAGUAGCAUCACUGGUGGUACAAUUAUAUGCAUGAAUGACCUUGUUUAGAUAAUCACCCCAGGUUGGCCUUUUUCUCUUCAUCUUGUGUGUGCAACAUUGACAAUAGUGUACGGUUAAAUCUUUCCACCGGAUUCCCCUGUGGAUGAUAUGGAGAGAUUCUUGAAUUGGCAAUUCCUGUACAGUUCUGCAAGGCUCUGAAUAACUGACUUUCAAACUCUAUUCCCUGAUCGUGAUGGAUUUUUGACACAAAGCCAGACUUUGGGGAAAAGUCCUCGAAAAGCUUUUUUGGUGCAGUUUUCCCUGACUUAUUUCUGGUGGGGUAGGCUUGUGCAAAUUUUGUAAAGUUAUCUAAAAUAACUCAAAUGUACUCAUGGCCCCCUCUGCUUUUCUCCUAAUGCACAUAGUCAAUUGAAAUCCUCUCAAAAGGAGCUGUAGACUGUACAUGUUACAUUGGGGCCCUAGUCAUUACACUGGGUUUCUUUUGCUUGAUAGAUUUACACACUUUAGUGAUAAAGUGUUCAAUGUCAUGUUGCAUGCUGUCACGACUUCCGCCGAAGCUGCCUCCCCUCCUUGUUCAGGCAGGCUUCGGUGUUCGUCGUCACCGGCCUUCUAGCCACUGCCGCUCCAUAUAUCAUCAUUACAUUUGUCUUGUCUUGACUAUUACACACACCUGGUUCAUAUCCCCUCAUUAGUCUGUGUAUAAGUGUUCCCUCUGCCCCCUUGUCCUUGUGGGUGAUUGUUUUAUGUGAGUUGAGUGUAGCUCGGUGGAGCUACUCGUACCUUGUAUUGCCGGGGUAGAUUGUUCCCCUGUGCCUGUAUAUUGUUGUCGCUAUCCAGCGCAACUGUGUACGACGGAAUAAACCUUGUAUUCAGUGAUUUACCCUCCUGCGCCUGACUCCUUCUAAUCACACUCAUCACACAUGCGCGGCCAAUAAAAGCGUUCUCGUGCUAAGUUCAACACUUUUUCUGUUCCUAGAUGGGCCAUUUCAGUGUGUAAGUACUUGUAAAUUAGUGUUCUGUACUGACUUGGUACCACAACUUGUGUCCUUUUUGCUUUCCUUUGUAAUAAUCCCUCUGGUGAGACAUGGAGCCUGUUCCACUCUUGCAGUAACUGUUUGACUUCGCAUGACUCUUGUUGUCAUUCUGUUGGUUUUGGCUUAGCCCUUUGCCUUUUCAGUUCCAAGAUUCUCGAUACAGCUGCAUCCUUUAACUGAGCCUGCAUAAGAUCGUGUGGAGACAGUCGAUCUGUAACUGUUCCCCCCCACCUUGACAGCUCCUUUUGCACUGAUGGCCUUAGUGUAACCGCGGAUAUCCAAGUUAGACAGUUAUGCUGUUGUGCCUGAACAUUAUUGAGUGUUGCUUUUACCAUCUCAGGUGAGUGUUUCUCUGUGUAUUCUUCCAUGUCAUGUGCAACAUGCAAAGGAGAACAUGUAGGCCUCCUGUAGCUCAGUUGGUAGAGCAUGGCGCUUGCAACGCCAGGGUUGUGGGUUCGAUUCCCACGGGGGGCCAGUAUGAAAAAUGUAUGCACUCACUAACUGUAAGUUGCUCUGGAUAAGAGCGUCUGCUAAAUGACUAAAAUGUAAAUGUAAAUGUGACAGAAAGUCUGCGUCAGUGUUUACCUUUCUAGGACGGUACUUCAGUGUGAGAUUGAAGUCAGACUGCUCCGCCACUCAGCGAUGACCGGUGGCAUUCAGUCUUGCUGUAGUUAGUAAAUAUGUCAAGGGGUUAUUAUCCCUGUACACAGUCACAGAGUGAGCAUAAAAUAGGUUAUCUUGGAACCUCUCAGUCACUGCCCAUUUGAGGGCCAAGAAUUCCAGUUUCCCAGAGUGAAGGUGAUAGUUUCUCUCUGCCUGUGUCAGGGUGCGGGAGCAAUAUCCAAUGACUCUGUUUGCCACUUUGUCGUAGGUGUAACACACCUCCCAAUCCCUCUUCGGAGGCAUCAACGUGCAAGAUAAAAGGGUCCUUGAAAUCUGGGUAAGCAAGCACAGGUGGAUUAGUCAACACACUCACCAAGUGUUCUAAUGCUCUCUGGUGGGCAUCCUCCCAUAUAACUUUCUGGUGGGGCGGCGCCUGUCCCGACUGCAUAGCUAUCUUGGUCCUUUGCUUCCCGGAUGCUGGGGUCUCCGACUUCACUGCUAGUAAGUCAUAGAGACAUUUUGCAUGUUGUGAGAAGUUCUGUACAUAACCCCUGUAGUAGCCUAGAAACCCCAGUAGUUUCCUCAGCUCUCUCACGUUUGUUGGUGUCCUGUUUACCAGUUAUUGCACUGCUACAAUUUAUUGAACAUCCAUUCUGUAACCCUCAGUAGAAAUUAUUUGACAUAAAUAACGGACCUCAUUCUUGAAUAGGUCACACUUAUCAGCCCUGAGUUUGAUACCACAUUUAUUUUGCUGCCUGAGUACCUGACGGACAUCUUCCACAUGUUGUUCAAAUGACUGACUAAAAAUAAGCACAUUAUCCAAAUAUGGUAUACAGAUUCUAUCACUUAUACCCUCUAAACUUUCCUCCAUGCUUCAUUGGAAGGCAGAGGGACUGUUUGAUAAGCCAAAGGGAAUUCUGUUCCAAAUAUAUAAGGCCCAAGGAGUGCUGAAAGUGAUGUAUUUUCUGGACUCCUCUCCCACAAAGCCUUGGUGGUAUGCAUUUCCUUCAUCUAAAACUGUAAACCAUGAGUUUCCUCCCAAACCAUUAAGUAUUUCCUGUAUACAGGGUAUGGAAUGCCUGUCCAGAACAGUCUUCUUGUUCAAUCCUCUGUAAUCAACACAAAGUCUUAAACUCCCAUCCUUUUUCCGUACACAGACCAGAGGUGAUGCAUAUGAUGAAGUUGACCUCCUGAAGAAGUUUUUGUUCAGGAACCCAUGGAGGUGGCUUUUCACCUCAGCAUACAAGGGGCAUGGCACACCAUUGUACCUCUUGCCACUGGUAUGUUAUCAGUCAAGGUUAUCGCCAUUUAGAGAUUUUCAAUGCACCCUAUGUCCAUGUCAUCUUUGGCAAAAAUGGCUGAUUCCUCUCUGAGUAUCUGUUUGAGUAAUUAUUGUUGUUGUUGGCUCAAGUGCUGUACAUCUACAGGUGGGUCCCAUCACUCUAUGUGACUGGUGUCAGGGCCAGGCUCCGGUGGGGAUCUGUCAUGAACCUGUGCUACAGUAACCUUUUCUCCACUGGGCACAGGAACCGGGUGACACGCUACCACUUUCUGUAAUGUCCCUAUCGCUGUUUGUCUUGGUAAGGUAAUGUCAUGUUUGGUAGUAUUUACUACUGCAAUGUCAACAUUUCGAGAUGGGCGUUUUGAUGUUUUCACGACCUGACUUUGUAGGUCCAGGCUGCAGAUCACUCUCACGUCCGGUUCAAAUAACACCAUUUGAUCAUUGAAGGGGGGCCUCUCUUGGGAUACAGGGACGAAUCCAUUUUGUUUGUCCACCUGGAAUGACAAUGUCAUGUCUGCCUGCUGUAAGCAAGCAUUCCUCCGUGUGCUCUGUGCUGAAGCAGAUUGGGUAGAGUCUUUGCCUUGCCCUGUCCUAGCUUAAGUGCAUGUUUUAGCAUCUUUACUGUACACAUCAGCUCUGAGGGAUCAUUGUUACUUUUUGUUUUGACUAUUUCUUCAAUUGCAUUAAACCCAAUGAUUGGUUUCUCCAGUCUUUCAUUUGUGACUAAUAUGGGAACCCUCAAUUAUUUUCUUGCAAUGACAUCAGCUUUGGGAUCAAGCAAACUAAAACAAAUGUCCAUCCAACCCAGAAAGGGAAUUUCAGUGCCAUUGGCUGCCCUCAGAUCCAGUUUCUCUGUAUUGCCCAUGAUUUCUGCCAGUGGUCUAAUUUGUGUGUGUGGCAAAUGCCGUCUUCUCCAUUCCUCACUUAUGAUAGAGACCUAAGCCCCUGUGUCCCAUUGUGCUUGCGUCUUUAUGCCCUCCAUAUAACACCACGCUUGACAUUUUUUUCCAAUGAGCUGUGCUACAUGACCAUGUCCUGGAGUAGUUGGCCCCCACUCUCUCUGUGUCAUGGGACAAGGUGAGUUGUGGUCAGUCUUGCGGGCAGUCUUUCAUGUAGGUUGGUGCUGUUUCCAAUUAUCCUGUUGGCACACUUUGGAACAAUAGGCAGCUUUAUGACACAAUGAACACAACUUAAACUCUGAGGUUCUCUCUCUCUUUGCACUGCAGCCGCUGCAAUACUGGAUGGAACUAGAUGUAUCUGAGGUCACUCCCCGUUCCAUGGUUGUGACCCCCAGGCGUUUCCCGAUGGCUGUGCUUUGCCCCUGAUUCUACUUCCUACUGCCCAAUGGCUAUCACUGCCACAUUUGUAUCAAAUCAAAUCAAAUCAAAUUGUAUUGGUCACAUGCGCCGAAUACAACAGGUGCAGACAUUACAGUGAAAUGCUUACUUACAGCCCUUAACCAACAGUGCAUUUAUUUUUUAACAAAAAAAGUAAAAAUAAAACAACAACAAAAAAAGUGUUGAGAAAAAAAAGAGCAGAAGUAAAAUAAAAUAACAGUAGGGAGGCUAUAUAUACAGGGGGGUACCGGUGCAGAGUCAAUGUUUCGGGGGCACCGGCUAGUUGAGGUAGUUGAAGUAAUAUGUACAUGUGGGUAGAGUUAGAGUGACUAUGCAUAAAUAAUUAACAGAGUAGCAGCAGCGUAAAAGGAUGGGGUGGGGGGGCAGUGCAAAUAGUCCGGGUAGCCAUGAUUAGCUGUUCAGGAGUCUUAUGGCUUGGGGGUAGAAGCUGUUGAGAAGUCUUUUGGACCUAGACUUGGCACUCCGGUACCGCUUGCCGUGCGGUAGCAGAGAGAACAGUCUAUGACUAGGGUGGCUGGAGUCUUUUACAAUUUUGAGGGCCUUCCUCUGACACCGCCUGGUAUAGAGGUCCUGGAUGGCAGGAAGCUUUGCCCCAGUGAUGUACUGGGCCGUACGCACUACCCUCUGUAGUGCCUUGCGGUCGGAGGCCAAGCAGUUGCCAUACCAGGCGGUGAUGCAACCAGUCAGGAUGCUCUCGAUGGUGCAGCUGUAGAAUUUUUUGAGGAUCUGAGGACCCAUGCCAAAUCUUUUCAGUCUCCUGAGGGGGAAUAGGCUUUGUCGUGCCCUCUUCACGACUGUCUUGGUGUGUUUGGACCAUGAUAGUUCGUUGGUGAUGUGGACACCAAGGAACUUGAAGCUCUCAACCUGUUCCACUACAGCCCCGUUGAUGAGAAUGGGGGCGUGCUCAGUCCUCUUUUUUUCCCCCUGUAGUCCACAAUCAUCUCCUUUGUCUUGGUCACGUUGAGGGAGAGGUUGUUGUCCUGGCACCACACGGCCAGGUCUCUGACCUCCUCCCUAUAGGCUGUCUUAUCGUUGUCGGUGAUCAGGCCCACCACUGUUGUGUCAUCGGCAAACGUAAUGAUGGUGUUGGAGUCGUGCCUGGCCAUGCAGUCAUGGGUGAACAGAGAGUACAGGAGGGGACUGAGCAAGUCUGUUGACCAGUCUCAUUAACAACUUUAGCAUUUGGUUUUCUGUUGGAGCGAUUCCUAACUGAACUGUCACCAUGGCCCUGCAUUGACUGUUCUAAUGAUGCUACCUGACAGGUCAGUUCUUUGUUUGCUUCAGGGGGGAUUGUAUUUAUUUUGUUUUCGGACUGUGGUCUGUGGGGGCUCUUCCUUUGCACAUUCCUCUCCGCAAUCCCCCAAGGGGGGAAUACUUAUCCUCACUCUUUACUGCGUUCACUCUUGUGGGUGUGAACUUACGUGAAAUCCUGGCCUUUUGCAUUCGUUCGCGUUCAUUGCCCUGGGCAAUUAACAUUUUCUCAAGCAACAGUUCAUCACUGGUGUUAAUAUUCUGCCGCUCAUCUCUGCCCUGACGUUAUCAUUUGUUAAUCCAGUAACAAUGGCCUGCAGGCAUUGGCUCUUGACUAACUAUUUCAGUCCUGGUUGGGCAUGAGCUGAGGCUGAUAACACUUUCUGUCUCAGGUCGAAGACUCGGACUAGGAAGUUCAAGGCGGACUCUCCCGGCUCUUGUGUUGCUUUAGUCAACUUGUGAUACAGUUCAGUAGCGUCCUUCUCUACAUAAUGUGUCCUCAAGAUUUUCCUUAGUGUAUAGUGUCAUGUCUGUUUUUCCCUCCAGAUAACUCCUCAUCUUAAGCCCUGUGCUCACAGCUCUGAUUACUGCUUGUAUGAUUUCACUGUAUCCUUUUCUCAGUCCAUUUUCAAUCUGAUGUUCUAGGCUGCUGAAGCUGAGCUUAUCUUUCUGCUGGCUUAUCUCUUAUCUCUCUGGGUUCGCUGUCCACUUGCGUCGUUGGCGCCAACUGGCUGGAACUUGUAGGCAGUUGAAGCAGACAUUCCCUCAUCCUCUGAUUCCAUUAAAUCCUCAUUCUCACAGAGUAAUCCUCAAUCAGUUUGCACCGCAACGCGCGAUGGCUCUAUCAUUUUACUUCAGAGUCAUCUACACCUCCUAUUCCACAACGUACACACAGGUGCUGUAAAUUGUCCUCAGUUAAAGUCCAUAAACAACGUUUCCCUCUCUCGACUCAUAUUGUCCUACUCACGUGGCAACAACAACAAUGCAGGCAAUGGCAAGAUAGCUAAAAUCAGUUCGGUGGUUAGCCCGCUAACGUUAGCUAGCUAGCUACUCUCCCAAUGUCUCUCACUCGUUGUCCGUUCAAGGAAUAUGGGCCGGUACUAACAUGAAAAUAUAUCUCAGCAGUGCCUCCAAAUUUGUUACCCUUUCUAUGAGCUUAUAAUAUAAACUCCAAUGCGAACGGUACUGUUUACUUGAAUUUUAAACAUGUCAGCACGAUGUAACAGUAGUUUACAGCAUUUUUUGUUAGUUUUUUCUUCCUCUCCCCCAGUCCACUUAAACUUUUCUUCUUUAUUUCCAAUGGGCUUCACCGGAGUACCCCCUAGUGGCUGGGAUACAACAGUAUUAAGCCCAUUACACUUAGCUCCAUGUAUCCCCAGCCUUUGCCGAUAUCAAGCAUACCCAUACCAUGAUGCAGCCACCACCAUACUUGAAAAUAAGGAGGCAGUUACUCAGUGAUGUGUUAUGUUGGAUUUGCACCAAACAGAACACUUUACAUUUAGGCAAAAAAUUAUAUUCCUUUGCCGUGUUUUAUUUUUGCAGUAUUACUUUAGUGCCUUGUAGGAUGCUUUGGAAUAGUUUUAUUCUGUAUAUUUGUAUUAUUCUUGAAUCUUUUCACUCUGCCAUUUAGGUCAUUAUUAGGUCAUUAUGCCUUUAAGUUUCAAUCACGCUGUAAAGCUGAUCUUCCGCGAUGCGGAUUGAAUAGAGCCCUAAUUUAGGCUUGCCUAAACAAAGGGUGGAAUACUUAUGCAACUACUAUAUACAUUUGUACAUUUGUACAAUUUUCUUUUCACUUUGACAUUAUGGAGUAUUUUGCAUAGAUCAAUGACAAAACAUCACAAUAUAUCUAUUUAAAUCCCACUUUGUAAUGCAACAAAACGUGAAGAAAUCCAAUGGGGUUUUGUUUCCUGACCUACUAUUUUCUCUCCCUCUCCCCCUCCUCCCCUCUCCCUCUCUACCCGCUCCCCCUCUCUCCUCUUCCUGUGUGGGGUUCAGGAGGAGCUGGAGUCCCUGGCUCUGAGCAGCAUCGUGGAGCUGAAGGCUGUGAUGGACAGCUGUGUGUACAACUCCCUGCUGACCGCGACCGUCAAGGACCACAGCAAGAGGACCACCAGUGUCUUCAUGUUCCAGUGUGAGGACCUCAGGGUGAGGACACUGUUAUGUAUCCCUGAACCUGUCUCAAGACGGUAUUAGGACCAUUAUGUUUCUCUCAUAUUUCAAAAUGGCUGUGCAUGUGUUUGAAAAUGGAUGUUAGUGAUUUAUUUCAGGCUGAUUUCAUAAAACGGGACCUAGAGAGAGUGUUCCCUCACCAGAGAGAUGACGUUAGCAAUCACAGCAACAACAGGUAACAACAGCCUACAAAACAGUCCAAAACAACAACAGUGCAUUUAAAAUGGUGUAGCUUAUCUCAGUAUGUGCUCAUUUUCUCUGGGUAAACCUCUUCUUAUCUCUACCAGGGGCAAUCUGGAAAUUAUGGCUGGCCAUCAAAUUGUUAGGAAUCUUCAGAACGCUGGCCCACCCCCUGAGCAGAGAGAAUGGACUCCUCCCGAAGAUCCUUCAGCUCAAUGGUGCGCUCCGGACUAUGGUAAGCCAAUGGCAUACUCCAACCCAAAAUAGUUAUAGGAAACUAUUGAACAAGAGGACUAAGGUUGUGACUCGUGAGGUCAGAACGGCUUGUCUAGAUCACUGUAAAAAUAAAAAAUAACAGAGACGAUUAGCUCAAGGGUUUGUUUCCUGUGUUAAUGACAGAUAAAUAGCUUUAGUCAAGGUGAUGUCAAAUAUUUUUUAAACAAUAAAUACUGUGGGAAAUUAGAAUAACCAGGCUGAGAAACCAACCUGUUUCACCCCUAUAUGUUCAAUAGAUGAAAAUCCUACACCUGUACCUACACCUACACAGCCCAUGCCCAGAGAAGAGCCCCCUCCUCCCAGGAAGGAAACCCCAGUUCAGCCCCUCUUUAUGGAGGACGAGCCUGAGCCAGCCCUUGUCUUUCCUCCACGCCCAUACACAGAGACUGAUAGGAACGUGGUCAGUGCUCUGCCUCUAUCAUUAUAUUAUUAAUGUUAUCAGUACUGUGGAUGAUAGCUUAAAAGGGCAAUCAGCAGUUGAAACAAUAACAAAGCAUAUUUCCCGCCACUGUUCCUGUAAAAAGAUGAUGGAUGGGGCGGGAGAAAUGUAACCGCUCUCAAAUUCAUAGACAGAGCUAUGGAGGCAAGAACUGUCCAUCCGUGAUAUCAAAAAAAUAGUUUUAAGCAUGUUUUGAGGCUAUACAGUGUUUGUUUACAUUUACUUUGUCUACAAACAUUGGAGCAAUCAGCUUAUAUUUUGGGUUCUGAUGGGGUGCGGCAGUUUAACUAAGCUCAUGAGGCAUUUAUAAAUUAUAUUCUUCAAGAAUCAAUGGAUAUAUAUCAUUAAUGUAUAAGUCCAGAAAUUGAUGUAGCAACUGCAGAUUGGCACUUUAAGGUGAAUUUAGUGGGUUGCAUAUGAAUAUUAUAUAACAUGUUCUUUGUUUUUCUACAGGACAUUGUGAAUCAUAUUUUCAAUGACAUUGAGAUCUUUAUGGGCCAAGUUGCUGCUGCUGCAGCCAAAGCCGAGAAGAAAAUAAAGAAAAAGAAGAAGAAGAAGAAUAAAGGUGAUUUAGAAAUGUGUUUCUCCUUAUUCCAAAGAAGGCUACACCAGUGGUUCAAUUGAGCCAGCGCUACCGUAUGGGUAAAAAGUAUGAUAAACCAAAGUAAGGGUCUCCCAAAUUUUGUUACAAAGCGGAGGGCUCCGAAUAGCUCCGCAUUGACAUGAUUGGUUGACGUUAGGUGGGGGCGGGAGUUUCUGUAUAAACACAAACUCACUUGACAACUUCCUACACAACAGCUUUGCUCAACUGCUCUGCUCUGCGAAGCACAAUAAGUAUGAAUGCACUGACUUCUGCAGAGGCCGUACUGCCGUAAAUGCUGUAUGGCCAAUGCAGACUCCGGAUUGACCAUGCAGAGCCUUUAAAUUGGAAUAACCUUAAAAUUAAUAUUGUCUCUCCCACCUGAACCCCUGGGGAUAUCCCAUAUGCAGGUGCAAGAUGGCAGUGGGCAAACUGUGAUCUGAGGUUUUAGUAUUUUGAUGCCAUUUGUUUCUUUGUUUAAUUUCCAAGGCAUUAAAGGCAUGCCACCAGCAGAGGAAUUUGAAACCUGUCUCCAGAAAAUCAAAUGUGGGUUCAAUCUUCUGGUGUGUAUUAAAAUAUCUCAGCUAUUUUGCUUGCUGUACACUCAUGAUGUAAUACAUGCUAUUCAUUUAAUCUGAGCGCUUAAUCAAGUACCUUUGGUCUGUUCACUGUGACAGGGGGAGCUCAAUGGAAAGAUUAGUAAUCCCAGUGCUCCGGAAUUCAUCCACUGCCUCUUCUCCACCCUGGCAUUUGUAAGUUACUCCUACUGCUUACUCCAUCUUUGUUUUCUACUCAGCUCUUGACCCACCCUUGAACCUUUUUCAACGUAGUGUUUUGAACCAGCUUAAACGAAUUGACAGUGCAUGAUAAAGUUCAGAAGGCUUGUUUCCCACCCCUAGCGGCAAGUGCUGUUGUAGAAUCAACUGCUAAAACAGUUAAAACUCACGUUACCUUACCCCCUGCCUCCUCCAGGUGGUGUCCCACUGCUCUGAGGAGCUGCCCCCCACCAUCGUGGCACCCCUGCUGGAGCCUGAGUGUAUCCGUCUGCUGAGUGAGGAGGCCACUCCUGAGGAGGACCAGCUGUGGCAGUCACUGGGAGACGCCUGGAACAUCCCCAGGUGGGACACAUGCAUCACACCACUCAUCAAUGGGUAUCUGGGAAUGGGGAGUUACUGUCAGUCAGUGGUGCUCUGUGUACUUCCAUACGUUUUGACAAUGACUUCCUGUAUCCCUGAUGUCUUAUCAGUACAAAAUGGCCCGAGGAUGAUGAGGACAUCCCUACCUACACUCUGGAGUUCUAUGAUGGUUGGAAGCCCCUGGAGGUGACCCACUCUCUCCCAGGGAGAGAGCCUGAGAGAAGGCAGCAGAGUCAGAAUCAGAGUCCGCGCUCCACCCCUGAAAAGGUAAAUGCCCAGUGAGCUGCAUCUUAUAGUUCUGUACCGGCUGGGUAAUUUCUGUAAGGUUUCUUUCAAUAAGUUCUUUCAAACUUUUCCCAUGUAGAGGUCGGACCCAUUGAAGCCUCCACCAUCACGGUAUGCAUUAUUAAAGUAUUAUAAACGAUUUAAAAGCCAUGAAAUGAUUAUGUAUACAGGUUGUUCUGUGUGCGUCUAUAGAUCUAUGUAUGUGUUUUCAGUCCAGAUGAGCCAAACCCCAGUUACAUGCGUGUGAUGUAUGACUUCACUGCAAGGAACAACAGAGAGCUGAGCAUCUCCAAGGGAGAGGUGGUUCAGGUGAGCCUACUCACCACUACUGCAUGUUAACAGCACUUUGAAGUCUGUCUGCCCGCUCGCCCAACAGGAGGUUUGACAGAAGAGUGUGUGCUCUGUGCAUCCACAGCUACUGGACAUGUCAAAGAAAUGGUGGCGAGUAAGGAGCGACAGAGGGGAGGAGGGCUUUGUACCCAACAAUUCACUGGAGUCACAGGACAAGGAGCAGGAAAAGCAGGUAAGAUACCCCAACACUCAGCAACACUUCAUACUGGAAAGCCUGCUGUGUGUUAUUAUGUUGUGUAUGCUCCAUGUGUAUGGUGUUUACUGUAUAAGUAUGUAAUUAUAGAGACCUUAUCCCCCCUGUCAGGAAACCAGUGGUCCUCCCUCCCUAACCAAGAGGUCCAAGCCUGACCAAGUGAAGGCCUGGCUGGAGUACAAGGGCUUCAGUAAAAUGUAAGAGCACUCAAACUCCCAAUCACAUUAGCUAUAGCUUAGUGAUCACUGUAGGCAUACAUGUCAUUUACAACUACUGUAGUCAAUCACAAGUGAGUAUGAGAAAUGACAGGAUAAGUAUUCUAUCUCUUUUCCCAGAUAUUUUUAAAUGUCUCCCUCACUUUCUCUCCUUCCCUCCCUCUGUCUGUCAGCACGGUGCGCUGUCUGGGUGUGCUGAGUGGCUCUAUGCUCCUGGGGAUGACGAGAGAGGAGCUGAAGAUAGUGUGUCCUGAGGAGGGGGGGCGGGUCUUCUUUCAGCUCCAGAACAUCAAGUCUGCCAUGGCU